GGAAAGCUCUACUACGCCUCUAUGGCCCCAGCAUCAAAGUUCAAACUCCAAGUCCCAAUAGCAGCACAAGGGGCAAAAAAAAAAAGAAUUUGCAUGCACAUGUACACCACACAGGCACACACCACGGAACCUCACAUACGGACAUACCAUUGCACAGUCCAUCGCUUAGCCGCCAAAACCCUCCCCACUUUAAAAGCGUUGCAACUCCCUCGUCUCUCCUCACACUCCAAGGUCACUCACACACACGGGCAGACACACCAAGAACCUGGUGCCUGGUGGUAGCAAGCGAGCCAUGAAGUGGGGGCUUAGAAGUAGUAGACACAACCAGAGAGAGAAGCAGCAGCGCACACAAGAGGAAGAGCACAAGCACGAGCAGCAAGAGGACAAGGGCAACAAGAGCAGGGCGGCCUUCCUGUCCUUCUCGCCGCUCGCGUGGCUCUCGAAGCUCACGGCCAAGAACAAUGCUGCUGCCGCUAAACCGAAGCCUGCCGCGCCGGCCGACAAGAGCGCCGUCGCCGCCACUGGCGGAUUCCCUUCUUGCUUCUUCAAGGGCGCGAGCUCGAGCACGAGCACGAGCGUGAGCUUGAGCUCGAGCGCGGCGUCGCAGAGCAGCCUGGCGGAUUCCUCGCCCGCUGACCACCAGGCGCCGCGCCGCCUCUCGGUUGGCAACGACGGCGACACCGCCGAGGCUGCGGCCGCGCGGCAGCUGUACCACCGCCGCCGCCAUUACUCGGUCGGCGGCGACCGGGACCUCCAAACCCUCCGCAACCUCAUCCCGUUCUCCCGGGCCGCUUCUCCGAUCCCGGUGCCUGCUCCGUUCGUCCCGGCGCUGAAGACGACGCCGCCGCUGCUGCCGUCCGACACGGACGAGGAGAAGCGGCCGCGGAGCCGCCGGCGCCGGCGCCGCAGCGGCGGCGGCGGGCGGCGGUCGUUCUCCGGGAGGACCCCGGGCGCGCGGGUGGCUGCCACCGUGCGCGUGCGGUCCCCGCGUCGCGUGGCGUCGGCGGCGGCGGCGGCGGUGUCGGAGCUGGAGCGGUUCGCGGUGGUGCGCCGGACGAGCGACCCGCAGCGGGAGUUCCGCGCGUCGAUGGUGGAGAUGAUCGCGAGCAAGCGCAUCGGCCGGCCGGAAGAGCUGGAGACGCUCCUGGCGUGCUACCUCUCGCUCAACGCCGACGAGCACCACGACUGCAUCGUCAAGGUGUUCCGGCAGGUCUGGUUCGAGCUCAACCCCGCCCGCGUCGCCGCCGUUGCGCCGCCGCGCAGCUGAUGUACGUUCUUCUUCCUCGGCACCAUGGAGCAUCGGAGCGUGCUUGCCUAGCUAGUUGACGUGGAUGCUGCUGAUUCCAAUCAUUUGCUCCAUUCGAAGCGGACGUGCCUACGUGGAUCUUUGCACGCGUGGCUGCUAAAAGCUGUGUCACGCAGCAGAGUGCGCACGCUUUGAGGUGUUUGUUUAACUUGCGCGCAUUGGAUGCUGGAGUGUAAAGCUCGAGCUUAUUAUACUCUUGCUGUUUGUAAUGGUGCUUUUGUUAUGUAAGCUAGAGAAAUGCAUGGGGCAACGCUGGCUAGUUUUAUCUCCACAAGGCUCCAGCACAAUAAUUUGGCGGUUUAUCUGGCGAAAGAUUCCAAAUUUCCCAGUUUCCAGAAUUCAAAUGGCUCCAGGGUGCAGGACUGCA